CAGCCUUCUCCUUGCAAACAUUUCAAACACUCUCACUUUUCAUUUUCCUCCUAUAGAAUCAAAAGAAUUCUCUCUCUUCCCUCUUUUUUUAAUUUCCUUGAUUAGUUAAAGAAGGGGAAUUGAAACAAUUCAUUCUAUUCCAUUCAAAAUCGUAUAAGUAAAUACUUGCCACUUCUUUCAUUUCCAUACUAGCUAUAUUUGAAGAAAAAAAAAUGAUUUAAGAAGAAAAAAAAUGGUAGGAAAAAUUAGCUCUGACCUUCCUCCUGGAUUUAGGUUCCAUCCCACGGAUGAAGAAUUAAUCAUGUAUUAUCUUCGAUAUCAAGCUACCUCGAGGCCAUGUCCCGUUUCAAUUAUCCCUGAAAUUGAUAUCUACAAGUUCGACCCCUGGGAAUUGCCUGAGAAAGCUGAAUUUGGAGAAAAGGAGUGGUACUUCUUCACUCCUCGUGAUAGAAAAUACCCAAAUGGUGUUAGGCCAAAUAGAGCAGCUGUGUCAGGUUAUUGGAAGGCCACAGGCACUGAUAAAGCAAUUUAUAGUGCAUCUAAAUAUGUUGGUGUAAAAAAAGCUCUUGUUUUUUACAAAGGCAAGCCUCCAAAAGGUGUCAAGACUGAUUGGAUCAUGCAUGAAUAUCGUUUAAGUGAUUCAAAGUCUCAAACUACUAAGCGAAGUGGCUCCAUGAGGUUAGAUGAUUGGGUACUUUGUAGAAUUUAUAAGAAGAAGAAUUUGGGAAAAACAAUGGAGAUGAUGAAAGCUGAAGAAGAAGAGUUAGAGGCUCAAAUUGUGAGUACAAAUAAUGAUAUUGAAGUUGUUGGUGCUGCUUGUGGACCACAAACAAUGAAAUUGCCAAGGACUUGUUCAUUGUCACAUCUACUAGAAUUGGAUUAUUUUGGGCCAAUUCCACAAUUGCUAAGUGACAAUUCAAAUGAUGACCAAAGUUACACAAUGAACAAUUUUAAUAAUGUAAAUGUGGUUCAUCAUACGGAGAAAUUUCAGCUAGGGGAUCAAGUGUCAUCACAACAACAAAAUACUAAUAUUGCAGAUCCAUUGAAGUUCCAAGUCAGCCAAAGUAAUUAUUGUAAUUUCUUCUUCAAUCAGCAGCCAGUUUUUGUGAAUCCAGCAUUUCAAUUCCAGUGACAAUAUUAUAUGGAGGCUAUUGGAUGAAAAGGUGACAGCAGAAGUUUUCAAGCAAUUGUAAAAUAUAUUCCUAUGUCAAUGAAAUCUUGUUGUAUUAUUUUAGAAUUUAGUUUAGUUUCCUGCGCUUGUGUUUGGCAAAACUAAUUUGCUUGUGAAAUUGUAAUGAAUAUUUUUUCGGCAAUCUACCUAUGAUUU